AUUUGGGUAAAUGUUUCCUCAAUCUGUGGUAAUCUUUACAGUAUAAAUAUGCUCAAACACCAUUGUCAUUCCGUAUCCACAGCUUUCUUCACCACUACAAGCUCUCCUUGCUUAACUCAGAUCUAAGACGAUGAAGUGCCUCAGUAUUUUACUGUUAGCCAUUGUUGGUAUCGCCAGCGUAACUGCUUAUUACGGUCACCAUGGCAUGUACAGAGGUUAUGGUUCAAUGGGCUAUCCGAGAUUUGGUUAUGGAUCAUUAUACGGUGGCUAUAGAGGUAUCGGGUAUGGUCGUGGCAGAUAUGGCUACCCAUAUUCUGGAACAGGCUAUGGUUCAAUGCUUGGCGGUAUCGGUUAUGGAUCUAUGUAUGGUGGAAUCGGUUAUGGAUCUAUGUAUGGCGGUUAUGGAUCAAUGUAUGGCGGAUAUGGAUCUAUGUAUGGAGGAUAUGGACGUAGAUAUGGCGGAUACGGAUACAAACAUGGAAAAUACCCACACUACUAUCCAAGUAAGAAAUACGGAUACGACUAUUGAAUAAUCCUGAGACACAAUCCACUUGUUAAUCCGUGCUAUAUGUGAUUUACUUAUCCCACACUUGCUGGACAAGUCUUAAUGUAAAUGUGUUGUGACUGACAAGUAAAAAUGAAUAUUGUUUUAAAUAAAAAAAAAUCCAUAGAUUUAAUUGAACAUGCAAUCUAUCUCAUAUGUUAAAGACAAAAAAUGAAUAAUUUGGUAUCAAAUUGAAUGUAUGUAUAAAUGUGUAUGUUUUGUGCAUUGAUUUUGUUUUCAAUUAAAAUGUUUUAUAACACAUGAA